UUGUCGGCGAAGGGCGCGGGGAUCACACCGCAGAGUUGGAAAAGCAAUUCAAUGCGAUGGUCGGUCUCUCCUGGAAUGUGAAGUUGGGCUGCGAGGAGGAGGAGCGUAUGUAGGUUGGAAGGUUUGUCAUGCGUACAACAGCCAGAUACUUUGAGUGUGGGAGCGCGCGCGUCGUUUGACUCAAGGUUGCUUCUCACAUUUUUGAAUUCCAGUCUACCUGAAGAUUGAUGAAUGCUAGACUCUGAUCUGCCAAUCGACCGGUCAUGGCAGCGGGCUGGUUUCAAUUUCUUGCCACGGCCUAGAAUCAUUCCAGUGCAUAGCAGGGGUUGGAUAUUCUCGUGCACGGUUAUCGACCAUGGAGAUUUCGAAGUUCGUGCUCGGAAAUGCUGGAACAUAGGAUCUAUUGAUGAAAGCGUGCAUUCGAGCGGGCUGAACACUUCUGGUCGUAAUUGGAGAGGCUCGUGGGAAAUAUUCACGCACAACUAUUUCGUUCCUUUCCGGAUCUCUACUUGCGUUAUUGAUUCUGCUUGUUAUUGAAUGAGUAGUUGAAAGUGUAAGUAUUUGGAGGAUCACUCUAAAGCUGCAAGAUGAUGAUGGAAGCCAGUUGUUUCAGUACCGCUUGUGACGUUUAUAUCAUCUGAACUGUGCGCAUGGAGGAUUUGCGAGACCUUUGCUCUUUAGUAGGUUUUGAGUUUUAGAAUUGGUGGUGGUCGGUUAUGAGUUUCGUGGUUGGUGAUUGGCAAGUAUUCUCUCUUUAAAAUGGCGAAAGCUGCUGCCCUGGUCAGUAUCAUCUUUCACGAAAGACGAAGUGAAAUAUGCCAAUGAGACGAGCUAUGGAGUAUGUGCGCUGGGAGGUGAAUAAUUGGCGGAUUCAAGGAUAUGGAAGAGAGAGGUCGAUAUUUACUGGAGCAAAGAAGGUUGUCAGUUUCAUGUGGCAAUCUUGGAAAUGCGGAGCAUCAUUUGUACUGGUGUUGGCGUUUUUCCCUGUUUUAUUGCCCUUGGCUUUGUUCUUAGGUUUUGUGGGCUUUCUUUUCUCGGUUCCUCUUUUUUGUGGAGCUGCAACGUAUUACCUCUUCUUCCGGAGCUUUUCUCUUCCCUCAUGCAUCACAGAGUGGUUUGGUAUUUUCAGAUUCCCACUUGAAGGUUACAGUCCAGGUUCACCGUCUGGUGAGAAGCUUGAGUUUCAGAAUGUGUUGAAACUGAACGCUUCCCUUGAGGAUUAUCAUAGAAUUAGUGAAUCAGAAGCGGCAUCAAACAAAUCUACGCCGUGCCAUUUUAAUGGGGUGUUACAAGCUCCAGCACCUGUAAUUGUACUUCAACCAACUAACUUAAAAAGUCAACAGCGUCAGCGGACUGACGAGAGAAUUGAGGAGAAUAUCGAAGCAGAAGCUUUCAACAGAAAAGUUGCUGAUGUAUCGGUCAAUAAGUGCUCAAGUUCGUACCACCAAGUAGCACCGGCUGGUAGCAUGGUUUAUCCAGAUGUAGAGGAGGGUGCAUUUUACUCUAAUCGAGCCUAUGCACGUUCAAGUUCUGCAUUGCAUUCUUUAGGGUCGAAUUAUGUUGUUCUGGACCGCGGACCGGUUGACUCUCCACUUACAAGGUUCCAUGCAUCAGGUGAACAGAAAACAUCUUCCGAUAUCGGUGAAUUAAUUGAGGAUGAACUCAUUUGUAAACUGCCUAUCCUUCCAAGUGAGAAUACUAAAUUAAGUUCGGAGAUUUCAGCGACGGACAUCCCUUUGAGCAGGCCACCUGAAGAGAAUCAUAUCUGCGAUUUAGUACGUGGUAACGCUCAGACUACUGAGAGAAGACAUAGAACUGUGUCUAUUGAACACAAUGCAAGAAUUGAUCCUGUCGGUGUAUCGUCAGGAAUAUCAGGGUAUUUCUGUGGACACAGCUCGGGUGGAAACGAUAAUGGAGCGUGGGAUAAUGCUGAGAUUUCUGAGGUUAGCAUCGAAGCAACUUCAUGCUCAAACGUGCAUGCAUCAAGUGAAGAAGCCAAGGCAUUAACAGUUGUCUCCCACGUGCCACAAACGUCUAGUUUGAUAGCUACGUCAUAUGCAGAAGCACUCACUUGCAAGUCUGUCAACGAGAAAAGUGAGUGUUUCAUUCAGGAGUCGAUUUCAGAACUCUCUUCAUGUAUAUCAAAGGACUUUGAUGAAUCAUCGAUGAAGUCUUCUUCCAGUCCAUUCUCUUGUUCAGCGCUGCUUAGAACUGUUGAAGGUAUCUCUCGUGUUGAUUCAGAAUUCGUUACACACAAGCAUCGUGCCAGACAUUGGAGAGAAGAAGUUGAGGAAACAGUAUUAUCAUCUGCUAUUGCAAGGAUAACCUAUGCGAGGAACUGGGGUUCACAAGUAUCAGAUGACGAGGCCGAUGUCAAGAUGUUUGAUAGUAAACUGAAAACGAUGACGAAUGACCAAGACAUUGUCUAUCUGUUGGAAUGUACCGAAGGAACAGAAGUGUUCUCAGCUUCGCAAUUACCGAAUCCAAUUCAAUACAAAGAGAAAACGGUUGCUGAAGAAAAUGCGAGGACUAGUUCGUAUCUGAGCAUGACAUCAACACCAUGCACGCACCAAAGGCGACUCAGUUAUGGAGGUGUACUUACAGAUGACACAAGGGUGAAUGUAGGAUCUGCUAUUCCGAGAAAUAAAUCCAGUGGAUUUACACCUGAUUAUAAGCAACAGACUGUUCACGCUUCAUUCUCCUCGGAUUACACAUGGCCGUCAGAGUCUUCUGAACAAGAGUGGGAAGUCCAGUCAAAUCGAGGAACUGCAUGUGAGGAAUCUUGUGUAGAUACUGCUUCAAGUGCUGAAGAGUACGAGGAAGAAUUUGAUCCGAAACCUGACCUUGUGUCGGAUCCAUCUUCUACGUUUUCAAGCUAUUUUCUAACUCUGGACCAAUUUACUGAGGAUUGGGAGACUCGAAGGAAAAGAUGGGUGAAGGAAUCAACGCUGGGAAGAUUGGUACCCUUUGCACCAUGUUUGGAAACUCAAUAUAUUCAAACGCGCUCUAUGUGCAAUCCUCUUUUUGAAUUCUCAUCUCCGUCGCCGCCCCCCAGAAAGCUCGACACUGAAGAUAAGAAUCACAUUUCUGACCUUCCUUGUCACACUCGUUUCAGCAAGCGUCAUUCAGCUCCCUCUGAGAUUAUAGGGACACCAGAUUCACAUCGAUGCAAGCUUGGAAAUUGGAUGGGUGGCAAUCACACAAAACAAUUUGAAAGUGAAUGCUUGGGUCGGACACCAUCUUUAAGGGGCCAUGGCCGAUCCUACUCAGCUUCGUUUAUGGAGAGUAUCGAGCUUAAUCCUGGUGAAUUUGAAGGCACGCUUACGAAUUGGUGGAGGGAUUAAAGCACUCUCUCGAUCACUUCACCAUUUCAAUUCUCCAACUUCAUCUACUGAACAGGUUGCGCACCGCAGUUUGGAAGAGGUUAACACCAUCCAGAUGACAGAUAGACAGAAUUCUUCUUCACCUAAAAAGAAGUGGAGACUUUAGCAGAUAAAUAGUUGCUGCGCUCCCUUGUGCAUGGGAGAUAUACGAGACUUGAGUCCAGCGAGGCAAGGACUAGAUCAUCUGAAAAGUGUAGCAAGUAACCGAUGGGAUGUAGAGUUAAAAGGUAUCGAUAUGAAACGAGUAAGAAGCAAAAUUGUUUGUGGAUUUAUUUUAGGUCUAUCACGUAGCUCUCAGACCAUAAGCGUGCGUUUAAACCCUUCAGCAUUGUUGUGAUGGUAGAGGUAGGUAGGCAUCAGCAUCAUCAGACUGCAUAAGCUGCUGCAACUCACAAGACAUUAAUGAAGCUCUCUUGCAGCUGAAGCAGAUGAAGCUAAGUGACUGGCCGAGUUGACUCUGGGAGCAGUCCUGUCCAUAUCGCCUGUAUGGAGAGAAGAUGGUCAAGAUACUGAAACCCCUAAAGCUGUCUGGAUGGCGAAAGCAAACUAACUCAAAUGAAGAUAUUUAUAGUUGGGAUAGUGAGAUCGAGUAAUGGGAUGGAAACGGGUUCAACAUAUCUCCGACAGCAUGCUUCAGGGUGGCUUUGGUGACCCCCAUCGUUAAUUUUACUCUGCGACAUUCCCCUCGUGAGUAUGGCCCGCCGGACGAGUAGCUUGUGACAUGAAUCGUAUGCAGAUAUCGGACUGCCACUUUCCGUGCUACAGUUGUACUUCUCAUAGUAUGCACCACGGGUAUAUUCUGAUGUGCACGAUGCAGAAUAUCAGGGCGUCCACUUCAAUCGGAUUGAAAGUUAAUCUUAUUCAAGAUGUUAGCUGCUGUCGGCCAUGCAUCGCUGCAAGGUCUUCCUUACGCCACUCUUGAGACACUGCCUUGAUUGUCA